CAUAAACAUUACAUACAUGUCAAUGGAAGGAAACCGAUUUCUUAUCUUAACAAUACUUGCAGUAUUUCUUACGACGGAAAUUCAUUGUGAAUGUCCAGAAGGAUGGUUCCCACACGAUUCCAGCUGUUAUUUGUUUUAUCAACAAGGAAAAAAUUGGACUGCCGCUGAGGACUAUUGCAGAAGCUUUCAUUCCUAUCUUACCAAUAUAAACGAUGAAUCUGAAAACCUGUUUCUUAAAAAACAACUCAAUUUACAUGGGAAUACAGCUGAUUUCUGGGUUGGAGCGACUGAUGCCAUCAGUGAGGGUGGGUGGAGAUGGAUGCCAGG